AAAAAUCUGCUUACACAAGGGCAGUUUUGCUACCUAUAUAACUUGGAGCCACACCACAUUUAACAACAGAGUCAGUUACUUAUUGUAGGCAAGCAGAGAAGGUCGCCUGUGAGCAUAUUUCAUAAACAGGAAAACAACACAGCUUUUGUAACUUCACAAUUUCUUCCAGACAGUCAAACCAGCAACAUUUAUAAUGCUUUUGGGUAAAGUCAGUCCAGCUUUGUGCAGUGCAGCUCUUCGUAUUUCUCCUGCGUUCCCCGGGGUUCAGAAGCAGAUCGCCGUAGCAGCGACUCGGAAUGCCCGUCUCUAUGCGACUCAGACCGCCGAGGUGGUGCUGGACAAGCCUGUGUCUGGUAGCACCACAGCAGCCAAGGACAUAAAGAAGACCCAGACUGUGGAAUCCAAGUCCUUUGCAGUGAACAUGUUCAAAGGCCAGAUCACCACGGCCCAGGUGUUCCCCUACCCCUCUGUGAUGAACGAGGAGCAGACUCAGUUCCUCCAGGAGCUAGUUGGCCCUGUUUCCAAAUUCUUCGAUGAGGUCAACGACCCGGCGAAGAACGACGCUCUGGAGAAGGUGGAGGACCACACCAUGGAGGGGCUGAAGGAGAUGGGGGCCUUUGGCCUCCAGGUACCUGCUGACCUGGGGGGCCUGGGGCUCUCCAACACACAGUAUGCCAGGCUGGUGGAGAUAGUCGGGAUGCAUGACCUGGGCGUGGGAAUCACCCUGGGUGCCCACCAGUCCAUUGGCUUCAAGGGCAUUCUGCUGUUUGGAAACCCAGCCCAGAAGGCAAAGUACCUGCCCAAACUGGCCACAGGGGAGACGAUAGCAGCGUUCUGUCUGACCGAGCCGGCCAGUGGCUCAGAUGCCGCUUCCAUCAAGACCGUCGCCACCCUCUCCCCCUGCGGACAGUUCUUCAACCUCACAGGAGGAAAGAUCUGGAUCAGCAACGGAGGGUUGGCCGAGAUCUUCACCGUCUUCGCCAAGACGCCCAUGUUGGAUGAGAAGACGGGGCUCAUGAAGGACAAGAUCACAGCCUUCGUGGUAGAGAGGAGCUUCGGAGGAGUCACACACGGACCUCCAGAGAAGAAGAUGGGCAUCAAGGCGUCCAACACGGCGGAGGUGUACUUUGAGAACGUGAAGGUGCCGAUAGACUGCGUGCUGGGGGAGGUGGGCGGGGGCUUCAAGGUGGCCAUGAACAUCCUGAACAACGGACGCUUCGGCAUGGCGGCGGCUCUCUCCGGCACCAUGAAGGGCGUCAUCGCUAAGGCUGUGGACCAUGCAGCGAACAGGACCCAGUUUGGCAGCAAGAUUCACACGUACGGAGCCAUCCAGGAGAAGAUGGCACGCAUGGUCAUGAUGCACUACGUCACUGAGUCGAUGGCCUACAUGAUCAGUGGGAACAUGGACAGCGGCGCGUCAGAGUUCCAGAUCGAAGCGGCCAUCAGCAAGAUCUUCGCCUCCGAGGCAGCGUGGGUCGUGACUGAUGAGUGUAUCCAGGUCAUGGGAGGAAUGGGCUUCAUGAAGGACUCUGGGGUGGAGAGGGUCAUGAGGGAUCUGAGAAUCUUCCGGAUCUUUGAGGGAACCAAUGACAUCCUCCGGCUGUUUGUGGCUCUCAAUGGCUUCCAGAAUGCGGGGAACCAUCUGAAGACGCUGCAAAAGGCUCUGAAGAACCCGCUGGGUAACGCUGGAAUGCUGGCCGGAGAGGUGUCCAAGAGGGCCAAGAGGAGAGCAGGUCUGAGUACCGGUCUGUCCCUGAGGGGCUCCGUCCACCCAGAGCUGGCCCAGUCUGGAGACCUGGCUGUGAAGGCCAUAGAGCAGUUUGGAGUCACAGUGGAGGACAUGUUGCUGAAACACGGCAAGAAGAUCAUAGAUGAGCAGUUUGUCCUGAAGAGGGUGGCAGACGGUGCCAUCGACCUGUACGCCAUGGUGGUGGUUCUGUCCAGGGCGUCGCGAUCCCUGAGCAACGGUCUCCCCACGGCCCAGCAUGAGAAGAUGCUGUGUGACACCUGGUGUGUCGAGGCCCACGACAGGAUCAUGGACAACUGCAAGGCUCUGAAGUCCAGCUCCACCUCGCAGGUGUUCAAGAACCUGAAAGCCAUCUCCUCGGCCGUGGUGGAGAACGGAGGAGUGGUGUCUCCUCACCCCCUGGGCUUCUAAACCCCCCACUGCCUCCCCUCAGAAAGCCUCUACACAGAGAGAGGAAGGGA